UUGAAAGCUGGAAGCGCAUGCGCAGGGACCGAUGCGUGCUGUGACCCAGCCACGUGCGCAUUGCGGCCUGCUGGGACGGUUUGCCGGGCCGCCUUGGGAGAGUGCGACCUAGCGGAGGUGUGCUCCGGGUCAUCGGCUAUUUGCCCGCCAGACGUGGGAAAGCCAUGGGGGUCGGCGUGUACGAGCAACAGUGUGCCCUCCACUUGCUACGCGAACGUGUGCCUCCCCAGCCUGGACGAGCAGUGCAACGAGAAGACUGCAGGGGAGAAGCCCUUCGCUAACAGGGAUGUGGCCACUGGCUCUCGUGGCGAAGCAUCUGGACAUCUUUGCACAGCCCUGAUGUGCUGCACAUCUUGCGUUCAAGAAACUGGGAACUAUGAGAUCAACGGCGUGGCCGUGACAGAUCCUGUCCUGUGCAGUGGCUGCCUGAGGAGCACCUCUAAGUCCACUUUCACGGUGAAUGGCGUGAGUAAGAGCAUCUACCUGGGGGCGGCUGUGGAUGGGUCUCGUUUGAUGGAUUCCAUCUGCAUUCAAGCCGAAGCAACCUCGCCGGUCACGGCGGCCUCUUGUAGCAGCGAAGCCUACUUUGAGGCCUCCAUUGGCCGCUGCCUACUUUGCUCCUCCGCGUGCCUUUCGUGUGCGGGGCCCACCAACCUCGACUGCACAAGCUGUGCUGGAGGGGCCUCCAAGGAUUCGCGUGGCGCCUGCCCUGUUGCGAUGGAGGUUCGCAGGGGCGUGGCCACGAUCACCACGACGCCCGGGGCAGGCCCGCAGCUUACGUCCACCACCUCUGGCAGGACAGGGACCAUCGAUGGCGCAGCAUCGUCCGCGGUGAUGGCGGGCAUCUUGCUUCCUCUGAUCCUGGGAGUUUCUAGCUGA